UUGCGUGAUUUAUUUACUUUUCAACUAAUCUAUUGUUUACAGUUUGAUCAAUUCGGGGAUGCUCAGUUUCUGGUGUUUUGUAACCGAGUGGUUGCAAUAUUCGUUUGUGCGAUAGUACUCAGUUUGACAUGGAGAAGGCAACCACCUCAUGUGCAGCCGUUGUAUGUGCAUUCCUUCACGUCGAUAUCAAAUACAAUGUCUACGUGGUGCCAGUAUGAAGCACUAAAAUACGUCUCAUUUCCUACUCAGACAAUUUGCAAAACAUCGAAAGUGGUUGUGACAAUGUUGAUGGGGCUGGUGCUUCGUGGCCAGAGGUAUACAUGGCAGGAAUGGCUUUGUGGUGGUGCCGUAGGUAUUGGAGCCAGCCUGUUCUUGUUGAGUAGUGAUCGCAGUCGAAAGGAGGGUGUUGUGACGUCGGUCUCUGGAAUGCUUUUAAUGAUUGGCUACCUUUUGUUCGAUUCAUACACAUUGAACUAUCAGAAGAAGUUAUUCGACAAGAAACCAAAAAUUUCGAAAUACCAGAUGAUGAUGGGGGUGAAUGUGUUCUCAGCCAUUCUCUGUGCAGUGUCUUUGCUCGAACAAGGCACGCUUUUCUCAUCGAUAGACUUCGCCUUGGAACAUGAUAAUUUCAUCCGUGAUGUUUUCUUUCUCAGUCUAUCGGGUGCUACGGGACAGCUUUUCAUUUAUUCAACUAUAGAGAAAUUCGGUCCGAUCGUCUUUGCUGUAAUGAUGACGAUACGACAGAUGCUUUCCAUACUCCUGUCGUCAUUUCUACUAUGGCCAUUCUCUAUCCAGCUGCGCAUAGUGUUCUCCGCUAUAUUCCUCGAUAUCUACCGGCGGUACUUCGAGAAACGGCGAGCUGCUGUUAAACAGUAG